UCUGCAGUAUCGUUGUUUCCCGCCGCAACACACGCCGGUCAGUCGUCAACAACAUCGCACGUUGCUUAUUCGUCUUUAUAUUCACACACGCACGUAAAAUAUAACCAUCUACAAGUAAAAUCGUAAAUUAAAGACGCAUCGACAUCACAUAGUAGUGGAAUACAACGAUCCGUUUUCGUUUUAAUAAUAUAAUCUCAUAACUAUAUUAGUUUUAAUUUUUUUUUUCGCCGACACUACAGUUUGACUCGAUAACGAGUGCGUUCCGAAAAUCCAACAUUCAGGGUUCGUGAAGCGUGCUGCAGACUUCCGAUCAAGUGCUCACGAAAUUCGAUCACGGAUACACACUACGUCGAUACCCACAUAGAGUCGUUGGUCCGUCGCCGCCCAUUGUUGAAUUCAACAGACAUCGAGCGAACGGCGUGGACGCCGCGAUAUGACGAGAUCCGUGGCCUGACCCGUGCCGUUCGACCACUUCAGCCGUUGGACAGCGAGAACAGCGACCAAUCCGACACAGCGAUAUACGCGAUAUAACGCGAUGAAUCGGACCACAUAUGCGGCCGCCCUGAUAGUGGCCAUGGCGCUCUGCGGCGCCGUCACCGUCACCGGAUCUGACGAUUCAGCGGCCGUGAUGACAACUGCGGAAGACCUCCAAGGACAGCUGAUGGACACGGUGGACAGGAUGUUGGACGCGGCCGACUCGUAUCAGUUGGCGCCCGGCGUCCGGAUAAAGCGAUCCGCCGAGGAUACUACCGCCAACGCCACCGUCGAUCACCGGGCCGACCGUGAACUCGAUCCUGAGAAGUACCUGAUCGACAGGCUGGCCCGGUACGCUGGAACGCACGUUCUAGACGUAGACUUUGCUGAGAUGUUCCGGACUUCCGGAAGGUCGUUCUUCAAACUUCAUCAACUGCCAAGAUUUAACUUUGGUAAGAACUCAUUUUUGACGGGUUUUGGAUUGGGUUUUUUGGCGUUUGGCUUGAAAAAAUUAUUGCUUCCUAUCAUCAUCGGUGCACAGAUCAUAAAAUCCAUUGCACUUGCUGCUCUGUUACCAACGAUAUUGGGUAGCGUUGGAAAAGUCGUUUCAAAAGGUGUAUCGAAUUUCGCAUCGAGUUCAUCGCACUUUGGCCCGGGAGCCGGUUCGGACGGUUUGAGUGACUUUGAAUUUAAAGACCAACAAUCGAACAUCGGUCUGGGUUACGACACAGCUGGUGCCGCAGACACUUCUGGUUCGGAAACGGGUUACCAAGGCAUUUGGACGUAUCCACCAGAUAACAAUGUGAAUGCAAUAACCGCGAGCUACGGUAGCAAUAAUAGGUAUCCAUUGAAAUAUGGUCAAAACACUGUGUCAAGCACCAAGCUCCAGUCGGGCAACUAUUACACAAAGGAUAAGACUGAGGACUUUAAGGUAUUCCAUACGAUACCGGCCAGCUCGCACCUGUUGGCCAACUACGAUCCAUUUUACAGUCCACUGCUGUCCAGGAUCGAUACGGUAUACAAGCAGCUCGGGUACACGACUGAACCGUGUCGAGAACGAUUGGUGUGUCAAAUGUACAAGAACCCUGCCAAGUUCGCGCCGUACAGCAAUCUUGUAUCAGCGCAACUCAGCAGAGAGCUGAACGAACUGCGCAAACCAUCGUCCGAGAAUCCAGAGAUAUUGCGAUUUUUCAAGUACAUGAAAGCCGCCAAGGACGGUCAAGACAACAAGAAUUGCGAGAUGAUAUUCUCAUCGUGCGUAUCCCAAAGGUCACCGGACGAUUCGGUGCCCAUGAUGACCACUUAUAACGAAAUCAACAAAUUGGUACAAGCCCGAAACGCGAAGAAACUGGCGGAAUCGUCCACAGUCGCCGAGGUCGUUAAGUCAGAAUCAUCCACCGUUGUUGACGUUGAAUCGGUAUUGACAUCGAAGUGAGUAGUGUGAAUUAACGUCAUUUAUUUUCGAUCCAUGACGCAGCAUGGCGGCAUAUAUUCAGUCAUUAGGAAAUAUAUACGAUACCUCGUAUAGCUCAACAUAGUUUUGUAGUUAUAGUUAUUCUGUAUAGUUACGAUUAUAUAGUUAGUAUGCGGAAUGUACAAGCAUUAUAGGAUGAUAGUUAUUUGUUAAGCGCGCGGCAUACUGUUAUACAUCGGUAUAAAGCGCGCGUUGCAUUUUUAUCAUAAAAAUAAUAAUAAUAAUUUAUUGUGUAUACGCCGAGAACAUAAUAUUUCGAUAAUUUGUCAUAGUUUUUGCACUUAGUCGAGCUGGAUACAUACUUUAUAUUGUAUUCUUUGUUCGAUCGAAACAUUCAGAGUGUCAAUACCGGAAUCGUCGCUCUACUGACAAAUUCAUCGAACUUUAUGUUUUUGAUACCUAUUAAAUAUAGUUCAUUGCUGAAAUGGUCUCGGUCAAUUUGGAUGGAAGUUGUCUAAGUUAUCUCAAGUUUGAUUAAAACACGAAAGUCGUAUUUUGAGUUUCAUUUUUAGCACAUUUAUUUAUUUAUUUAUUUAUUUAUUUAUUUAUUUAUUUAUUUGAUUAUUUAUUUAUUUAUUCGAUUUCGAGUUACUCGACUUGAAUAGCAGAACGAGAGUAGGUACGCAAAAUGAGUUUUCGAAACGGUUUAAAAUAUUACUUGUGAUAUCGGUACAACCAUUAUACAAAUACACCGAUAUAGUUUAUUUCCCUAUCGUAUUAUCAUUACAAUAGUUGGUUUAUAAUUAACGGUAUUUUUAAUUUUCAUGAAAAACAUUUUGAAACGUUACAAAGAUUUGUGAAUACGUUAUUACGAGUAUAAACUAUAAUAAGACAGAAACGCGGUUUAGUAUUAUAUAAUCUAUAUAUCGCAAUUUCAUUGAGAGAUGUUUUGAGAAUAACGUUUUUACAUAGUUUUUAGUUUUAACUAAUAACUAUUAAGCAUGUUUAACGAAACAGUUAGGUAGGUAUCAUACUUAUCUAUACUAUAAUAAUUGUGCGAUAUGAAUAAAAUGUAUGUUAUCAAUACAAUUCAGUGCCUAAUUUAUUAUA